AUGCUCGGCGCCUUUUUUGGGCCCGCUUACCGUGACUGGUGGCUCUCCUACGCGAGAAAUCCCAAGCAACUGCCGCUGUAUCAAAAUCACUGGUUGGUGCGGGAGUCUGCUGCCCGGGCCUUUGCGCGAGGGUUGGUGAACCCCGUGUUCAUCGGACCUGAGGAGCCGAUCGAGAUCGAUGGCCCAUAUGCCCUCCUGGGGGAUCAUUCCCGAACAGGCAUCAUGACGGUAGACGCGCGCUUCAUUGGCACCCACGCCCGACUGUCCAGGAGCAUGCGAUUUGUUGAGAUUGCAAGAAGAAUCGCCCCCGAAAUCCUUGCCGGUCAGCUACCGGUGUCACCGAUGAACAGGGCUGGCGAAACGCGACGUGGUGCGGAACAUCCAGCACCAGCGCUCACCUCGACCAGCCCUCUCACAUAUUUAGCGGGCCUAGCGACUCGAGCCCUGCUUCUCACCUGGCUGUUGCUGCCCAGCCGAGCCCGAGCAGCCGCCUACAGAACAUUAAAGAGACUUGGAGAGAUGAUCUACCCAGUGCCCGACCCAACACUACAAGUCCGGAGGCUGCCAUUCGGGCUCUACCUCAAAUACGCCAACGACGCCGACAUGGCCAACAACGAAUUCAACGCCCUGCGACUCGUCCACCAAUACACCUCCAUCCCCGCCCCCAAACCGCUCGACCUGAUCCCCCAUCACUCCAACUCGCUGUUCCUCAUGACCCGCGUGCCGGGCGUCCCCCUCUGGCGGUGCCAAGACUACCUCUCAGACGCCGAGCUCGACGCCAUCGCCGCCCAGCUGACCGACUACCUCGCCCAGCUGCGCGCCAUCCCCAGGAAGCACUUUCAGAACGCCAACCCGGACGCGGUGAUAAGCAACACGCUCGGCGGGCCCUGCCGCGACCACCGCAUCCGCAGCGGCGACCCCGUCGGCCCGUUCCGCGACGAGGCGGCGUUCAGCCGGUGUCUGCGCUUCCCGGACGACCCGGCCCGGCGGGGGCAUGAGAUUGUGUUCACGCACGCCGAUCUCAAUCCGAGGAAUAUCCUCGUCGAUGAAGUCGUGCUGCCGGGUGGGGGGACCGGGUGGAGGGUGACAGGGCUGGUGGACUGGGAGACGGCUGGGUAUUAUCCCGAGUAUUGGGACUAUACGAAGGCGUUGUUUGAGGGCUUUCGGUGGACGGCGAGGUAUAGGGCUCUGGUGAAGAGGGUGUUUGCCGAGUUGGGGGACUACGAGAGGGAGUUGGAUGUCGAGAGGCGCAGUUGGGAGUCGGGGGAUGGAGUGUGA